GUAUCGAACGCAGCCGUAGCUUGUCUGGUUCCUGUCUCCGUCACUUAUCGGGGCUCCCUGUACUAUACAACACUUGCUAGCUGGUUAGCAAACUUUGAAACAAAGUUACACUAUAUAGUUACACUGUUUUGAAUACAGAAAAGAAAACGUCACAUUAACAGGGAAUUAACAAAAUGCCUGCAGUCUCUAAAGGGGAUGGGAUGCGUGGCCUGGCCGUGUUCAUCUCUGACAUCAGGAACUGUAAAAGUAAAGAGGCAGAGAUUAAGAGGAUAAACAAAGAACUGGCUAAUAUCCGUUCCAAAUUUAAAGGAGACAAGGCUCUAGAUGGCUACAGUAAAAAAAAGUAUGUCUGCAAGCUGCUCUUUAUCUUUCUUCUUGGCCAUGAUAUCGACUUUGGACACAUGGAGGCUGUCAAUCUCCUCAGCUCCAACAAGUACACAGAGAAACAAAUUGGUUACCUGUUCAUCUCAGUGCUGGUAAACUCUAACAGCGACCUGAUCCGUCUAAUCAACAACGGCAUUAAGAAUGACCUGGCCAGCCGCAACCCGACUUUUAUGAACCUGGCCCUGCACUGCAUUGCUAACGUGGGCAGCAGAGAAAUGGCUGAGGCUUUUGCUUCUGAAAUUCCCAGCAUCUUGGUGGCAGGGGACACCAUGGACAGUGUGAAGCAGAGUGCAGCACUAUGUCUGCUACGACUCAACAGGACGUCUCCUGACCUGGUGCCCAUGGGUGAAUGGACAGCACGAGUGGUCCAUCUGCUUAAUGAUCAGCACCUGGGAGUGGUAACAGCAGCCACCAGCCUUAUUACCACUCUGGCCCAGAAGAGUCCUAACGACUUCAAAACAUCCAUCUCACUGGCUGUGGCCAGGCUCAGUAGGAUUGUGACUUCUGCAUCCAUCGACCUACAGGACUAUACAUACUACUUUGUUGCUGCACCAUGGUUGUCUGUCAAAUUGCUGCGCCUGCUACAGUGCUACCCUCCACCUGAAGAUGCAGCGCUGCGAAGUCGCCUGACAGAGUGUCUGGAGACCAUCCUCAAUAAAGCCCAGGAGCCACCAAAGUCCAAAAAGGUCCAGCACUCCAAUGCAAAGAAUGCUGUUCUAUUUGAAGCCAUCUCCCUCAUCAUCCACCAUGACAGCGAGCCCACCCUGUUGGUACGAGCCUGCAACCAGCUAGGCCAGUUUCUGCAGCACAGGGAAACCAACCUCCGUUAUUUGGCUUUGGAAAGCAUGUGCACACUGGCCAGCUCAGAGUUUUCUCAUGAGGCAGUAAAGACGCAUAUAGAAACUGUGAUCAGCGCUCUAAAGACAGAGCGAGAUGUGAGUGUUCGCCAGCGGGCUGUGGAUCUGCUUUAUGCCAUGUGUGACCGCAGCAAUGCCAAGCAGAUUGUGGCAGAGAUGCUGAGCUACCUGGAGACUGCUGACUACUCAAUCAGAGAGGAGAUAGUGCUCAAGGUGGCUAUCCUAGCAGAAAAAUAUGCUGUAGACUACACCUGGUACGUGGAUACCAUCCUCAACCUCAUCCGCAUUGCCGGUGACUAUGUCAGCGAGGAGGUGUGGUAUCGUGUCAUCCAGAUUGUCAUAAACCAAGAUGAUGUCCAAGGCUAUGCUGCCAAGACCGUCUUUGAGGCACUACAGGCUCCCGCCUGCCAUGAGAACCUGGUUAAGGUGGGGGGUUACAUCUUGGGAGAGUUCGGUAACCUAAUUGCUGGGGACUCGCGCUCCAGCCCUCUGGUCCAGUUCAACCUUCUCCACUCCAAGUUCCACCUAUGCUCUGUGCCAACUCGGGCGCUGUUGCUAUCAGCCUACAUCAAGUUAAUUAACUUGUUUCCAGAAGUGAAGGCCACGAUCCAAGGCGUCCUGCGCUCAGACAGCCAGCUACGCAACGCUGAUGUGGAGCUUCAACAGAGAGCUGUAGAGUACCUGAGGCUCAGCUGCAUGGCCAGCACUGACAUACUGGCCACAGUCUUAGAAGAGAUGCCUCCAUUCCCAGAGAGAGAGUCUUCAAUCCUGGCCAAGCUGAAGAGAAAGAAGGGCCCAAGCAACCUGCCCACCAUCGACGAUGCCCGGCGGAAUGUCAACGGCAGCACAGAGCACAGCGAGAACACUGAAGCCACAAAAAAGUCUUCUCCUUCACUGAUGGCAGACCUCCCUGACAACAGACCCCGCCCUGCCUCCUCCACUCCCAUCAUGUUCUCUGCUGGGAGAAUGGGUUCCACCCACGCCUUCACUGACCUGCUGAGUCUAAAUUCCACCCCUUCAACAGGUGCCAGUCUGCUAGUUGAUGUCUUUUCCAACACCUCCACUCCUGCAUCUGUAGAUGUGUCUGAGGAAAAUUUUCCCAGGUUUGUUUGUAAGAACAACGGUGUUAUCUAUGAGAACCAGCUUUUGCAAAUUGGACUGAAGUCUGAGUACAGGCAGAACCUGGGUCGCAUGUAUGUGUUCUACGGCAACAAGACAUCUACCCAGUUCCUCAGCUUCUCCUCAUCACUGACCAUUCACAACACACUCAAGACUCAGCUUAAUGUCCACGCUAAGACAGUAGACCCCAUAAUAGAAGGUGGGGCUCAGGUCCAGCAGAUCCUCAACAUUGAGUGUGUGUCAGAUUUCACAGAUGUACCAGUACUCAACAUUCAGUUCAGAUAUGGUGGAACUCUUCAGAACAUUGCAGUGAAACUCCCUGUGAUGCUGAAUAAGUUUUUUCAGCCCACAGAGAUGACAUCCCAAGACUUCUUCCAACGCUGGAAACAGCUUGGAUCUCCUCAGCAAGAGGUUCAGAAAAUCUUCAAAGCCAAACACCCAAUGGACACAGAUGUUACCAAGGCCAAGAUCUUAGGUUUUGGUGUAGCUCUGCUAGAUGGGGUGGAUCCCAAUCCUGCAAACUUUGUUGGAGCUGGAGUUAUUCACACUAAAAACACUCAGGUGGGCUGCCUUCUCAGACUGGAGCCCAACACACAAGCACAGAUGUACCGUCUCACCCUCCGGACCAGCAGGGACUCUGUGUCUCAGAGACUGUGUGAUCUCCUCUUUGAACAGUUUUAGGCUUAACACAGCACCAGCAUUUUUAUACCUUUUCUCUCCUAGUCUCACUUUAGAUUGGACUUGAUGUAUUGUACAGUGUAAAUUCUUUUUUUUAUUUUCCUUUCAGUACAUGUAAAUUAAGUGAAAUGUAUUUUUCACACAUAUCUUUACUAAUAUGUCACUGCGUUAAACCUGCCUUGUACUCUGUGUGUGUACUCACACUGUAAGCAUCUUAGCUGACGUUGCUGAUGGUGCUAGAGGCUCUGAAUGCUUCUCUCUAGUGUUCUACAGCUCCAGAGUUUUGAACAGUUUGGAAAUUGUGUGUUUUUGCUGCCUGGGUACUGCCUUUCUCAUUCAAACAUUUUGAAGAGUUGGUUAGAAGGCAUUAAUGAGACUGAGUUAGUUGAAAAUCUCAAUAGGAUUGUAAAAUUACCAAUGAUCUCAACAAUUAAUUCAGUUGUUCUGAUAGCGUUUCUAUGAGACAUUUAUUCUUGUAGUGUUUCAAACAAAUGUUGCACGGAACUGGGAAGCUUUCUGCAACUUCUCACCCAUUUUGCACUUGUUAGGUAAAAAUUUUUAUCACAUAAGUAGAUCAGAUUUAGACAAGAGAAUUUUGAUGUCAGAAUUCUUACUUAUUUCACCAAUUUUACAUGCCUGUCAUCUCAGGAGGAAAAGCAAAGCUUUGUAUAGUGGUAUUUUUAGCAAAAAAUAGACUUUGGAUGCUACAAUUAUGGUUCUGUUGUGUGAAUUUUCUCAGCUACAUUGUGCAUAUUUUUUACAUAAAGAAUUCAAACACUCAAAUAAAAUGGCAAAAAGUCAAUGCAUUAGGUAGCAAAUGGAUAAUCAAUUUCUGAUAGUGAAGGAAUUCAUUUUGUUUCCAGAAUAUCUACUUUACUCCACACAGUUGUGCCUGUGAACGUUUGUUACUCAAGAACAGACAAGAAUAUGGUAAAUGGACUGUACUUAUAUAUACACUUUCUAGUCUUUCUGACUACUCAAAGUACUUCAACUACAUAUCACAUUCACACACUGAUGGUAAAACUGCUCAUCAAAGUAACUAGUCAUUCACACGGGAGCAAUUUGGGGUUCAGUGUCUUGCCCAAGGACACUUCGACAUGUGGACUGGGAUCGAACCACCGACCUUCCGAUUGGUGGAUGACCCGCUCUACCACUAAACCACAGUCACCACUUAUAAUAAUAUUCUUAAAGUCUAAAGCACUGUCACACUACUUUCGCCUCAAUGCAUUUAUUCAUAGAGCACUGCCAAAUGGGUAAUAUUCCUAAGUUUCAAUAAUGUAUGGUGUAUUUUCUGUUUUAUAAAAUGUACUUUUUGCAUAAUCCUUGAUGGCAUGUUUGAUGGCUUAGCAUAAAGACUGGCUCUGUCCAAAGGUGAAAAGAAUCUUUUACAGGGGGUUAUGUCUCGAGGAAGUCAUUGUGCCCGGCCAAGAAAGAGUCAUAACCCCCCAUAAAAUGGCAAUUUAUAAUUUUUACCCUGCUGUUUUUAUAUGUAUUAAACAUGUUUCUCAACAUGUUAUAUAGUGAGCUUUAGAGGUGCUGGUAGGUGAAUUUAUUUUUACCAUUGGACUGAGGCUAGGCUAGCUGCUUUCCUCUGUUUCCCAUCUUCAAUGCUAUGCUGUUUUUAUGUAUGUCAAGGGGUGAAAUUUAAUAUUUGCUAAUAAUGAAUAGAACAAAGUAUAGCUGUGGGUCCUUACCGCAGUGGCACGGGUGGGAAUCCAGCCCGCAGCCCUUUGCUGCAUGUCAUCCCCUCUCUCUUUCACACAUUUCCUGUCUCUCUUUAGCCAUUCCUAUCAAAUAAAGGCCAAAAGCCCAAAAAAUUAUCUUUAAAAAUACCCAACAAAAACAAAACAAAACAAAGUAUAGCUGUAAAUGACCACUUGACAAUGUGAUCAAUGUUCUUUCUAGCCUGUUUUGGAUACAGUACCAUGGAAAUGUCAAAAGACUCUUAUGUUUAAUGUCAAAGGUGUCGCUUGGAGAGACAAAGCCAAAAAAAAUUGCACCCAAUUUCAAAAAUCCUCUUAAAGGGGCUUUCACACCACCAGUUAUUUCAGUGAGGGUAAGGCGGCAGAUCACGGCGGUAGGGGUAUGAAACCGUUGGCACCCACGUGAAUGUGCACAAAUUUUGCUCUGCUGUUUGAAACACCCUGCUGAACUUCUGGCGGUAACUGCCUGGCUUUGGCCAAUCAAAUAGAAGGGGGUGGGCAUCGCAGGUCAGAAAGAAGAGCGAUGGAGGAGCUGAUAAUGCUGGCCUCUGAAUACCUGGAGUUGUACAACACAGCGCUAGCUAUUUAUAAGGAAAACCAGAAGAAAAAUUGGGCCUGGGAAAACAUUUCCACCAGACUUCAGAUGACUGGUAAAUUGUCAAAAUAAGUAGAAAUCUUUGGUAAUUUCAGUAAUUUCCAUUGUCUUGCUAUAGUAUGCAGCUACUUAUGCCUUGUGUAAACUACAGGACUUUCAAAGUCCUCUCAUAUUUAACAACAAUUAUUUACACGGCGCCAGGCUAGCUUGCACAGCUACUACUAUGACAAAUGCGUGGUUUUUGAUUUUAUUUGCAAGCUAGUGUACCUGUUGUGGACUUUUGGGUGGGUUGUACUGCACUAUGACGUUCACUGAAGCAUCUGCCAUUCAUUGCAGCCGUGGACCAUAGCGGCAGCAGCCACUUUUAAAAACGCUUUGCUUUUUGGGGGAACUCUCUUGCAAGUAGGCAGGAAGGUUGCCGCGCAGCAUUGUGAAACGGGCUUAAGUCUAUGGGGCUUUUUAGCAUCUUUCAACUUAUUGUGGUGUUACAUCUGCAACUUAAGUGUUAUGGCUCAGGCUGAUUGCUCUCAGAGUCAUUUUGAGAUGCAGCAGGUAGCUGUUAUCAGCAAAAAAAAGCUCUCAUAAGCCCACUGUACACUACCUGCCGAGCACCAAACGACAGACAAAGUUAGCUAGCUAACUAGCUGGCUGGCCACAUGGUGGAUCAUUUUAGCCACAUAUUUCCCUCAAGAGUUGACGAAGACCUGAACAGACCAGAAAGUGAUGUACUUUGAGGAUAGGUUGCAGGAAAAAAGACUCCGAAUAAAUGCUAAUGUUGCUCAGAAUUUGCUGGAUGUGUAAUUACGCUACUGUGUGCUAACAAUUUUGCCUUUGUUUGGGUCUUUGUAAGUUGAUUUUGUUUACAGCUUGUUUCCAAAAAAUCAGUUAAUGCAGGUUUAAAGCAAUUUGUUUUUUCAGUAUGUUCUUUUUUUCAUCUUGAAUAAACAGAACAAACAUUCACAAAAA